CCUUAAUGUAAAGGCCCUACUGACACGGACAUCUUUUUACCUCCUCAGAUCCAAGGGUUAACAGAAAGACCAUUAUCAGAAUGGAUUCAAUGGAAAUCGACGACGACAUAUAUAUAAAUAAGAACCUCACAAUGGAAGGCCUCGUUACCAAAGUCAAUUUUCAGAGAGGAAAGCAGCCCUCUAGAUGUGUGACUGUGUGUCUUGGAUUAUUGUGUGCUGUCCUGUUGGCUGGUAACAUUGGACAGUUUAUCUACUAUGAGAAAAUCAGCCGCCCUGCCUCAGCAGACCCAACACAGGCCAGCUACAACAUUCAAGGGGAACAUCUGCAGAGCUGUCAUGAUGCUUUCACUGCAGAGAGAGGACAGUUAGAGGACAGACUGACUAACCUGACUAAGGAAAAAGACCAGCUGCAGCAGAGUUACAACACCUUAAAACAAGAGAGCGACCAGUUAAGAACUAAUCACAAUAACCUGACAGCAGGUAAAGACCAGCUACAGACCAGUUACAUUAACUUGCAAACAGAAAAAGACCAGUUGCAGCAAAGUUACAUUUCUGUGACUACUGAAAGAGACAAGUUCAAGGCCAGUUUCAACAAUUUGAAAAACGAGAAAGACCAGUUACAAGCAAGUUACAACACCUUAAAACAACAAAGUGAUCAAUUACAGACUAACUACAAUAAUUUGGCAGCAAGUAAAAAUCAGCUGGAAACCAAAUUCAGGACUUUGCAAAGAGAAAAAGACCAGUUAAAGGGUUUGUGUGCCAUGCUGACCAUAAACAGAGAUCAGUUACAGAGUAAUUACUCUUCACUGAAAAGGAACAAGGACCAAUUGCAAAGAAGCUACAACACACUGAGUACAAGUAAAGAUCAACUUCAGAUCAGCUACAGUUCAUCGUUGAAAGACAAAGAACAAAUGCAAAGUAGUUAUAAGACUCUGCAGACAGAAAAACAGCAGUUACAGACCAAUUACAGCAAUUUGGCCACAAUAAGAGAUCAGUUACAGAAGAAGAUCGACAAAGUCCGAGCUAAGCCCUGUCAGACAGGAUGGAUGAAGUUCGACAUCAGCUGUUACUUUGUUUCAACAGAGAAGAAAAACUGGACGUUGAGCAGAGGUGCCUGCUUCAAAGAGGGAGCGGAUCUGGUCGUCAUAGACAACAGAGAGGAGCAGGAAUUUAUCAACGGGGUCCUGAAAUCAGACGAAAACGCUUGGAUUGGUCUGACUGACAGUCUUGAGGAGGGGACUUGGACGUGGGUGGACGGGACCCCAGUCACCACAACGUACUGGCAGCCCGGCCAGCCCAACAGCUUCAAUGGGAACCAGGACUGUGGAGAAAUUGUGCAGAAAUCAGCAGGAGUGGGACAAUGGAACGAUGACGGCUGUUUCUCUAACCAGAAGUGGAUCUGUGAGAAGUGAAAUUAUUCACACAGUCAAUGAUGGACUGCGGUUAUUUUAUACAUCUUUAGUGAUAAACUGAUAUUACGUAUCUGUUUACUGUGUGACCAUUUUGCAAACAAAAUGUACCAUUUUGAUCCAAGACUUUCAGUAUAUGUCUGUGUGUGAGCUGUUCUGAAAA